CUCUACCUCCUCUUCAUGACGGGGGAGCUGAUAGGUGGAUAUGUUGCUAACAGUCUCGCAAUUAUGACAGAUGCACUUCAUAUGUUAACUGACCUUAGUGGUAUUAUUUUGACCCUGCUUGCUCUCUGGCUGUCUGCAAAAUCUCCCACAAAGAGGUUCACUUUUGGAUUUCAUCGCUUAGAAGUAUUGUCAGCCAUCAUUAGUGUAUUGCUGGUCUAUAUCCUUAUGGCAUUCCUCUUGUAUGAAGCUGUUCAAAGAACUAUCCAUAUGGACUAUGAAAUAAAUGGCGAUAUCAUGCUGAUUACAGCAGCCGUUGGUGUUGCAGUUAACUUAAUAAUGGGUUUUUUGCUGAAUCAGUCUGGCCACCUUCACUCCCACUCCCAUUCCCACCCUCACUCUCACGUCACUCAGUCGAACUCUCCUAACACAGCCCACAGCAGUAGCCAUGGUCACAGCAGCCUCGCCGUGAGAGCAGCAUUUGUACAUGCCCUUGGGGACCUGGUACAAAGUAUUGGUGUGCUCGUAGCUGCAUACAUCAUACGCUUUAAGCCAGAAUACAAGAUUGCUGAUCCUAUAUGUACAUAUAUAUUCUCCAUACUGGUGGUUUUGACAACAGUUCGAAUUCUGUGUGACACAGGAGUUAUUAUUCUGGAAGGAGUUCCAAGGCAUUUAAAUGUGGAUCGCAUUAAGGAAGACCUGAUGAAAAUUGAAGAUGUUUAUUCUAUAGAAGAUUUAAAUGUUUGGUCUCUCACUGCAGGAAAAACAACUGCCAUAGUCCACUUGCAACUAGUUCCUGGUAGUUCAUCUAAAUGGGAGGAAGUUCAGUCCAAGGCCCAACAACUGCUGCUGAACACAUUUGGAAUGUACAAGUGCUCUGUCCAGCUUCAGAGUUACAAACAGGAAAUGAGCAAAACCUGCGCAAGUUGUCAGAGUUCCAGUGCCUAAUUUCAUAUGUUUUGGGAACUGCUGCCUUAUUCCUUACCUUGUAGUCAAAGACUGAGAGCAAUAAAAGCAAAAUGAAAAUGAUGAAACAGAAACUUUUUAUACAUGGAUAUGUACCAUGUAACAUGCAGCAGGGAGAACUGAUGCUGCAAAAGUGCAGUGGUUGCCCUACAGAACAUGUAUUUCACUCUCUCCC